CUCUGGUUUCUCUCCGGCUGAGAGCACAGCGAAGCUCAGCGGUGCUCUGGGAAAUGAGUCCGGCUGGUCGGUGCUCUUUGAAUACGGACUCAAACAGUUCCGCUUUGUAAAACUGCUUGGACAGGACUCGAGAUAAGACAUGUACCCAGUGUAGAUAGGACCAACUGAAGACAGCUUGUGUCUAAAGAUAAUGGAGAUGGGGCCUCCUCCUCAUGGAAGCCAAACUGCCAGAAGUGCAGUUGCUCAGCUGGAUGGAGGAGACACUGCUGCUGAGCUUCAAGUCUGAACAGCGUUUGACAGAGCCAUGGAGGCGAAGGAGCAGACCACAGGAGGGCCUUAUUUUGUGGGGAAAACCAAUGAAUUGAUUGAAGCAAAGCGCUCUUUCAGAACAUUAGAAGGUCGGGAUGUACUGAUCAUCCACCAUCUGGGAGUCUUCUAUGCUAUGGACUCUUACUGUUAUCAUGCUGGGGGAAUGCUGCAGAAUGGAGACAUUGAGGACAUUGACGGCAAGCUGUGCAUAAUUUGUCCAAAGCACAAGUACAGGAUUUCUCUUGCCGAAGGGGAGGGCUUAUACAAGGGCACCAACCCCCAGGAAAAGCCACCUGUGCCCAGAUGGUACUCCAAGGGUGUGAAGCAGCGGAUCCACGAGGUCACUGAGAGCAACGGGGAAGUCUAUGUCAAGCUCUCUCAGGACAGGCACUGGGUCGAUUCAGACUUCUACCAGGGAGAGGCCGGCAAGGUGGAAAGGGCCAAAGCAGAAGCAGCUGAGGAGAAGAAUGAUAAUAGUAACACAUGGAUGAGAAUGGCAUCUCUAUAGUAUUUUUUUUGUCUCCUAUGAUCUCCUCUAAAUGUUUGGGUGAUAACUGUGUAGAGAGAUGUUUAAUUACACGUAGUCCAUGCUCUACCUCAAGUAAUCAAUAGGGCUUGCAUGGGCUUAAAAACUGGUCUUGUUUUAAUGAGUUUGGGAGCAUUUAGAAUUUUAAAUUACUUGAUGUGUGGCUUGCUAGCUUUUUAAAUGGUCUAAAAAUGUUUUACUAAAAAAUGU